GGAUAUGAGAUUUCAGUAAACCAAUAGCAUACUAAUUAACACAUCAGGCUGACGAGUCAUCAAUUAUAUCAUCAGGUUGCCAGCACAACCACGCCGACAAAUCGCCGCGGUGGCAGCGCUUCGGCAGGACUGCAGCGUGACAUCAGCAGGCACAGCCGCGGGGUCAUUCUGACUCGACACUUGCCAGGCACUCGUUGGCGCAAAUGCGGUCGCACAACCUUAUGACUUGAUUCUUUCAUUCUCUCUUCCGGGGGCCAUUAUCACAUUGCCCUGACGAAACUACCCAAAGAAAAAGAGCAGGCGUAUCUUCCGGUGCUCUUUGUCCCUUAAAAAGUACCCCGCGGAAGACGAUUGUGGCGGCGAUUUCAGCCUCUAAUGGAGCCUACACAGUAGAAGGAAUACCUACCUAUCUCUAUUUCGCGUCCAUCUCUCGAUUGCUCUGAUGAGCCAAUUGAUCGUGGUCAACAUAUCUAUCUAGACGCCGCAAAAAUCCAACAUGCCUCGACGCUCUCAUGUGCGCGAAUACGACGAGGAGGAUUUAUUCGACGACGACGACCGAGAGCCAAUACCACCUCCGCGGUCGAGGCGCGGCCGUCGCCAUGAACCCGACCUGAGAUAUAACAUGCGAGCACCGAGCCCCCCGACGCCCAUGGAAGAAUUCGAACGCAUGGAGCUGCGCGACCGCUCCGCGCCCGAGUUUCUCCCCGAGGACUUCGAGCCACCUAGGGAGCGCCGGCCGCUGCCGGUCCGUCGCGAGCACAAUGGAAUCGGGGUCCCGCCGCGUGAACUCGUGCGGAAUUUCGAACGGGCGAGGGGCGAGGCUCGGCGCCGCGGACAUCCAAGUCGACAGGUCUUUAUGGAUGAGGAGUAUGGCUCUCCUGUGGAACCGGAGUCGGGCCCGGAGCCGGAAAAGAUCUAUGUGGACAGUGACUCGGAGGGGGAGCUGCCUCCCGUUUCUAGGAGAGAGCGGUCAUUGCCUCGACAUCGUCGGGAGAUUAGGGAGGAGCUGGUGCCGCGCAGUAAAAGCCAGAAGGACGGGCGGAGAGUGCGGCGAUCAAGAGUGGAGAGAGAAGAUGUUCACCCGAGACCCAGUGAGAUCAGAGACGAGAUACGGGAUGCUCGAGGCCAUCACCGUCAUCAUAGGGCUUCUCGUUCACACCCUGCAUCUGGAUAUCAGACCGAUGUUUAUGAAUCCACCGAUGAUAUCCCCGAGGAAGAUUUUAUGAUGAAGAAGGGACGAAGAAGAAGACGGGAUUUAGACCGGGAUAGGCUUGAGGAGGAAGAGUUCAUACAGGAUCGGGGUAUGUCGUCUUCUGAGAUGGAUGAUCCUAGAAUGCCUUCGCCCGUUCGCAUGCCCCCAAAUCCUCGUGACUAUGAUGCCGAACAUCUGCAUAUCCGUGAAGAAUAUGGAGUUCCUCGUGCACCCCGUCCACCCAGCCCGGAAGUCAGCUUCGAGAAGCCAAAAAGUCGCCAUCACAAAGGGAGCGGACGAGCAUCCCGUGAAGAGGUAGUUCUCGAAACAAGGGAAAAGGAUAUCACACCAAUUCCAGUUCGCGCUCUAUCGCCAGAGCCUCCAAUUCGACGAAAGGAGGAGAUUGCCAUACCCAUUUCCAGACCACGGUCUUUGGAACGCGAAAAGGAUGUACUCAUCCGUGAGCGGGGCCUCCCUAAGGGGGAUCUAGUUGAAGAACGAGAGGUCAUCGAAGAAGCCUACAAUGAAGGAAUGCCGGAACGCGCCCCAAAGGAAAUCGUUACCAAAGACAUGGCCGAGGAUUGGGCAAUUGUGAAUGCCUCGGCCAAGCCGAGAGAGGGCCCCAGGGAAAACCAAGAUUUUGACCGUGGUAAGAUAGGACGACGAUACGUCGGGGUCAAGGACCGACGAGACCGUCUUUGGACAGAAAUUACAAAGGACCUUGUCGUGAAGGAGGCAAUCGAAAGGAUGGGCUUCGAGUACGAGGAGACGGUUUCAUCCUACUAUGUGUUUUCAUAUCUUCAAUACGACGACGUCUCUUCCCUCGUCGAACUUUCCGAGGACAUUCGGCGUGCUCGUCGUCGUCGGAUACACGAAAUGGAACGCGAACGAGCCUCAAAGAACCCGCCGCCCGUGGCCGUUCCCGAGAAAGGGCCUCCAUUAUUACUAGAUCGACCGAUGUCCCCUCCGCGUCGGUCGAGGGAAGGCCGAAAAAUGAAAGAACGAGAGUUGGUGGUCGAGGAUCGUGGACGACCUCGAUCCGGGAGGCGAUGAAACGCCUCUGACAUUGGAGACCCUCCAGCAUACGAAUCCUCUCAUGAAAUCGUGCGGUUAUGAUUUUGACGAAUACGGAAACGACAGGGUAAAUAUAUCAGAGUCAGCAUAUAGCUCUGGGCAUCCUCUAGGCAGACGGUACUACACUUUGAAUGAAUGAUCUAGCCACGGCGAUUUUUC